UCAGGUUUAUGAAACAGACUGUGAAGUUCAUCAAGAGCAGUCAACUAGAAAACCAAGGCUGGCCGACUCUUCGUCCAGUACACAGGAGCCAGGCAGAGUCCAGGGAUUCUUGCAACAUCUAUCUUCCCUUCGGAGGACACUAAGUUUUAUUUGAAGACAGAGAGUUCACUAUGGCAUCCGGACUGAAGGGACACAGAGGAGCUGUUACUGUGAUUUGGUGACAGUUCUUCAAACCGCAGUGUCUUGAGGAAGGGUGGAUCAAGAACCUCCUGAACUUUGGGUUGCAUUAAGUGAGAAAUCAGCAUGGCUCAGGCAAGUCUCCUGGCUUGUGAAGGCCUAGCAGGUGUGAGUUUGGUCCCCACUGCAGCCAGCAAGAAGAUGAUGCUGAGCCAGAUUGCCAGCAAGCAGGCCGAGAAUGGAGAGCGGGCAGGUAGCCCUGAUGUGCUGAGGUGCUCAAGUCAGGGCCACCGAAAAGACAGCGAUAAGUCCCGGAGCCGGAAAGACGAUGACAGCUUGGCCGAGGCCUCGCACUCCAAAAAGACUGUUAAAAAGGUGGUGGUGGUGGAACAGAAUGGUUCUUUCCAAGUAAAGAUUCCCAAAAAUUUUAUUUGUGAGCACUGCUUCGGAGCCUUCAGGAGCAGUUACCACCUCAAGAGGCACAUCCUCAUUCAUACUGGCGAGAAGCCCUUUGAGUGUGAUAUCUGUGAUAUGCGCUUCAUCCAGAAGUACCACUUGGAGCGCCACAAGCGUGUGCACAGCGGCGAAAAGCCUUACCAGUGUGAGCGAUGCCACCAGUGUUUUUCUCGGACAGAUCGAUUACUCAGACACAAACGGAUGUGCCAAGGGUGUCAGUCCAAGACUUCCGACGGGCAGUUUUCUCUAUAGGCGCGAGGGCCCCUGGUGGUGGGAGUGAGAAGAACCUACCGAAGAGUGCACCCCUCUGGUCUGAUGGUCCCACCACCACCCUGUCUGUACCUGUCCCCCUCCUGGAGGAGUGGACCCAGGAGACCAGAAGCGUGCAUCAAGGGACAGCGGCCCCAGAGCCUCGGCUCUGUAAAUAAUCUGAGACUUUGAGAUCUCGGGGAAGCUCCUCAGCCUUCCCGGGUAGGGAAGCUAGUCCCUGGACCGUGGCUGAGGUCAGAGACGGAGACUCCAGGUAUAGGACCAAGACGGAACUGUGCUCCCGCACCUGGGACUCUAGCUGGCAGCUGAAACGGAAGCGACUGGGAGAGGGGUUUACUUGUUCUGUUCUUGUUUUGUUUAUCCAGAAGCAGUUUCAGUAGGCGUCCUGUGGACACAGGUAAUCUAGAGGCUUAAAGUCCGGGGUAAAGCAGGGAUUGAGGGCGCUGGUCCAGUCCUACCCCAAAAUGGAAUUUUUGGGUACAGUUGUUCCUCAGUGUUCCACCAGCCUGCACUUCAGCUCCUAGUUGGAGGAGGUGGGACCAGCGAAGGCAGCUGAGAUUUCUGCCUCCUUCACAGGGUAGGGUCAGAAGAACAGGGAGGAGCGGCAGGGCUAGAGCCGGCGAGUGACAGGUGCCUCCUGCGUCCCGCAGGGAAGGGCAGGAGUCGUGUGCUUGGGUGAGACCGCGGCUCACGUCACACCGGUACCUGAUGGGGUCAGCUCAGUGCCUUCUGGAGGAAGCUGGGCAACAGAGCCCGGAAAACCCUUUCCUCCUCUCUUUAGGCAGGUGAUCCUGGAGCUAGUUCGUGGCUACCUCGUUGCCAUUGACUCCUGAGCCAGACAGAGGUCGAGCAGGAGUCGUGGAUGUCACAGCGGGCCGUCGCUCCUGGCGCCCACAGCUGGAACAAGAGUGCAGGAAGCGAGGGAGUGUGGGUCCGCUGACAUGGCUGCUGGGCGGGGGCUGUUCGUCCUGCCCGAGUCUAGCACUGUCCUCGCGUAGAGGAAACGGGGCCUGGCCCUCGGUCCCAGAGAGCGAGGUCUCGGCUUCCUUCUCGCCGGCCGCCCUCAGCCAGCAGAGACGUAGGGCCGGGAGGGCGCCGCCGAGCGAGCGCUGGGGAGGCCUAAUGCGGGUUUCACGCUCGGCCAGGUUCUUCGCUCCUCUCUGCCACCACCCCACCCCCAAAACAGUGACGGGGGAGGGGUGUGUUCACGAAUGUUCUUGUUUGUAUGCUCAAAGGUGGCAUAUGAUUGAGCCAAACCCUCUUGGCCCUCAGCUCAGGGAAGGAUGAACGUGACACGGCCUCCCUGCCUCCCACACCGGAAGGGUUGGAAGUCUCAGCGGGAGCUGAAGAACUCAAAUGAGGGGACUGGAGGGCUUUGUUUUGGAGGGUUGCUUUGUGGGGUUUUUUUUGGAUUUUUUUUAGAAUGACGCAACAUGCUGGUGGUUAGGGUGUUUCUGACCCAAGCCAGGUCUAAUGAAUGAAUUUUCUAAGGCAAAAUUGAAAGCCCUCUUUCUGCUAAGGAAAGGAUCCUUGUGAGGCGCUCCCACUGUGGUGAGGGGAACUUGCUUAGGAAUAAUCAUGGGGGGCUGGGUGAGCUGGCCAGGCUGUCAGUGAGUGUCUGCAGGGGCACCCCCUGGAGGUGCGCUCCAGUCCCCAGGAAGUGCCCGGAGCGGAGAGGCAGCAGCGGCGGUCUCCCGCCGGUUCCCUGUUCCAGAGGAGCUCACCUGGUGGCGUGGGGGUCCUUCACGCUCUAAGGCAUGAGGAGUUCGAGGGAAAAGAAAGGAGUCAGGGCAUGCUGACAGCAUCUGAGAUCCUUUUGGGGAGACGCUGGGGAAUGUGUUGGCACCGUUUGUUUUUCCGGCUUUGUGCGGGCACCCCUGUUUGAUAGGGUCCAGAACUGAUCCCUCAGCCCUUGAAUCUGUCCUGUGGCCCUGCAAGCAGGGCGCGUUUCCUCACGUGAACCAGCCCCUUCCUGGUAGGCGGCGCUGAGGCUGAAGCAUGUCGCUCAGUCUGGGAAGGAGGUUGCGUCCAGGAAACUGUCCUCUCAGAGCUUGGGGAAGUGGGAGGCCCUUCCCCUGCUCCUUGCAGCUGACGCGGGUUAUUGGGGCGUGGAGGCCUGUAGAGGGUGUCGCACAAGUGACCCGCGCCCCUCAGUGUGUGCACGUACGGUAGUCAGGCUGCACCCUGCCCCCCCACCCGCCCCGCUUCCUGCCUGGGGGUGAGCUGGGGACACCCCUGCGCGUGCGUGCACAGGGUGCUGACAGCGAGGACUGGGUGUGGCGGGAGCUCAGGAGCAGGUGGGCAGUUUGGUUGCCUGGGUGCUGGUGUCCGGGGCACUGGGUGCGUGUGAAGGAGGGGGUGACCCAGUGCCCGGCAGACCCACCGCGCUCCAGGGAAACCGCAUGCGGAGACUGCUGAGGGGCGGGACCCACGGCCCUGCCUCUGCUGGGGUGGGCCUAGCACUGGAGAGAGGCCUGCGCGUGUUGUGGGGC